AUGCCUACUUUACAUAAGAAACCAUACCAGGUGGGGCGUCAUAUCAAGCUGAUAAAUAAAAAUUUGUGCGCCAACUUAAUCAAGCACGACUACAUUGUCACCGGAAGAACCAAAGCCAAAAGAGCACAAGCAAAGAUUGAAAGUUUUUUAUCAAAUGCAUUACAGAAGGAUAGAGAAUUACAAAAACAAAAUUUAUCAUUAAAAGAAAGAUUAGAGCAAAAUGAAAAUUUGAACUACUUACAACCGGGUGAUAAAAACCAAAUCGCUCCAAGAGUGAUUGAAGAACUUUCCAAAAGAUACCCAGAAAGAAAACACGGAUUCACUCGUAUUAUUAAAUUAGAACCAAGAUUGGGUGAUGAUAAGGCACCAAUGUCGGUGUUGGAGCUCGUGGAUUCCGAAUUUGAAAUUAGAUUCUGGUAUAUCGCCAAAGUUGUCGCAAGAUUAGAAUUACAAGGAUUACCUGUUGAUGAUCUUACCAAAGUCAACAUUAAGAAAUUAACUCAACUCCGUGAAGAUGGUGAAGAUAAAUUCCGUAGUGCUGUUGAAACUGCAAAAGAAAAGUUUUUCCAUUAUGAUCCAGUCUCUGGUGAAAUAACAAAUGAAGAAUCUAAAAAGAAUUUAGAAAACCUUCCUCAUAAUCUUGAAUAUUACGGUGGGGCAUACACUGGACAACUCACUGUUUCUAAGAAAUUCAAUGUUAUUCCUAGACCUAAUAAGACUCAACCAACUGAAGAAAAGCCAGAAUCUUCAUAA